UUCGUCCCAGCAAGGCGCUGCCCCAAACACUCUCCCUGAUUCUGACAUGAGUUCCAGCUGCCUCCGACUGCCAGCUGCCAGGAGCCUUGAGGAGUAGCCACUUGGACCCCACAGGCUGUCAGGACAAGGCAAUGACCCAUACUUAGACCAGCGCUGGAAAGGUCACCAAGAAAACACGUAGAGCAGAAGGCUGUGCGGUCUCCCUGAGGCCCUUGGGGAUCCCAGCAGCAGUAGCAGCCAACGCCUGGGUCCACUAUGAACUGGGGGAUCUUCGAGGGGCUCCUGAGCGGGGUCAACAAGUACUCCACAGCCUUCGGGCGAAUCUGGCUGUCUCUGGUCUUCAUCUUCCGAGUGUUGGUGUACCUGGUGACGGCCGAGCGAGUGUGGAGUGACGAUCACAAGGAUUUUGACUGCAACACCAAGCAGCCCGGCUGCUCCAACGUCUGCUUUGACGAGUUCUUCCCUGUGUCCCAUGUGCGCCUCUGGGCCCUGCAGCUCAUCCUGGUCACCUGCCCCUCGCUGCUCGUGGUCAUGCAUGUGGCCUACCGGGAGGCUCGGGAGAAGAAGCACCGAGAGGCAGUGGGGGAGGAUGGUGGGCGCCUGUACCUGAACCCCGGCAAGAAGCGGGGAGGGCUCUGGUGGACAUAUGUCUGCAGCCUGGUGUUCAAGGCCGGUGUGGAUGCUGCCUUCCUCUAUGUGUUCCACUCGUUCUACCCCAGAUAUACCCUCCCUCAUGUGGUCAAGUGCCACGCAGCUCCGUGUCCCAAUACAGUGGAUUGCUUCAUCUCCAAGCCCUCAGAGAAGAACAUCUUCACUCUCUUCAUGGUGGUCACGGCCGCCAUUUGCAUCCUGCUCAACCUCAUGGAGCUGGCCUACCUGGUGUGCAAGAGGUGCCAUGAGGGCCUGGCAGCGAGGAAAGCCAGGGCCACAGCGGGGGGCCAUCGCCCGGACUGUCCCAUCUCUUCCUAUAAGGAAGACGACCUCCUCUCGGGCGACCUCAUCUAUCUGGGCUCAGACUCUCACCCUCCUCUCUUACCAGAGCGCCCGCAAGACUAUGUGAAGAAGACCAUGCUGUGAGAGCCGCCUGGCCAGGCCUGGUUGGAAAGGGCCCAGCAUCUCCCACAGAGGCAGCUUUGGGGGUCAGGGAGCCGAGCUGCAAACCGGGGCAGGCAGGAGGGGGGGCACCUGCACCUGCCCCCACUGCGGGGCCUCGGACAGGUUACUCCUCCACACUGAACCUCAGUUUCCUUCUGUGUAAAGGGGUUUAUUUAGAGAAUGGAUGUGCCAGUGCCAUCUGUGGGGGGUGCCCGGG